GGAAAAACAUAUUUUUAAUUCAACAAAAAAACCUUAAUUUCCAUGAUCCACGCCCACGCUGCAUCUUUCUCAGGCAGUAAGCGUGUCCUAUUACACACAACACAACCCUUCGCCUUCUCACUGCAGGACUUCUCCCCCUCCACCAUCUCUGCUCCUCGGUCUGCUUCGCCGCCCCCGCCUCUGCGCUGUCUGUAAGAGAGGCAAUGGACACACUACAGCACCGGCACCGCCGCCUCUCCACCGUCUUAGCCUUCCUCGUCCUGGCUGCCGCCCUCGGUGUCGCUUUAGCUGGAAUCCUUGAGGAAGAGGGAGAGCCGGUGCGGGUUUGGAACAGGGAGCUAAUCUCGGAGGCUCGUCGGAGAUUACUCAUCGGGCCCGGCUCAUGGCCGCCGAACUGCAGGGCUCGCUGCGGCCGCUGCCGCCCCUGCGUGACGGUGCACGUCGCCAUCCAGCCCGGCCGGGCCAUGCCGCUCGAGUACUACCCUGAGGCAUGGCGAUGCAAAUGCGGCAACAAGCUCUUCACGCCAUAAGAAGAAAUCAACAGUCCUUCAGAGUUCGUCAAAAAAAAAAAAAAGGAGACCAUUUUUAGUGUAGCGAGGAGAAGAAGAAGCCGCUAUGAGAACAGCUUCUUUGUAAACAUUAUUUGUACAAAAGAUUUCUAUGUAAUGGUAAAUUAGCUACUCUAAUUUGUCGAGUCAUCUCGUCUCCAGAACCAAA